AUGGCAUCAGAAACCACAGUUCCCCCUGUGCGGGGCCUACCAAUUGCCUUUUACGGCACAAUCAUCCACUCUCUCGAUGUCAACACCCUCGAAAUAAUGCACAACUGCCUGCUCAUUGUCGACGGUGACGGCAAAAUCCAGAAGAUCGCGAAAGACACUCCACAGGCGAAAAUCAAUGAUCUGGUCGUCGAGACUGGCUACACGCCUGAUGUUUUCCCUGUGAAAUAUCUUAAUAGAGGCGAUUUCAUCAUCCCCGGCUUCGUUGACACGCACCACCAUGCACCGCAGUGGGCGCAGCGUGGGAUGGGCCGGGAUCAGACUUUGUUAGACUGGCUGAACAAUGUGACUUUUGCUCAUGAGCGAAAAUUCGAGGAUCCAGCCUAUGCAAGGAAGAUGUACUCUGCCUGUGUCUCGGCAGGAAUACGACUUGGAACGACAGCAGCAGCUUAUUAUGGAAGUCUACACGGGCCAGCCACCAAGAUCCUUGCUGACAUUUGUCUGGAGCAAGGGCAGAGAGCGUUUGUAGGAAAAUGUAAUAUGAAUCGCCAUUCGCCAGACUGGUAUCGCGAGCCUUCUGCUCAAGAUUCGCUCAAACAAACCCAGGAACUGAUAUCGCAUAUCCGCCGGAUCGACGCCGAGGGAAAGCUUGUCAAACCAAUAAUCACCCCUCGAUUUGCAAUUACGUGCGACGAUGAAUUGCUCUCAGGACUUGGCAAGAUUGCCGCCAAUGACCCCGAAAUUCAUAUUCAAACCCAUUUCAACGAGGCUGCCGAUGAGAUGCAGUUCACUCGUCAAUUGUUUCCACAAUUCAAACAUGAAGCCGAGCUUUAUGAACACUUUGGAUUGCUAGGGCCCAAGACUAUCCUUGCGCACAGCAUUUUUCUCGAAGAGGAUGAAAUAAACCACAUAAAGAGUAAAGGGUGUGGAAUUGCACACUGCCCAAUCGCAACUGCCACCCUGGGCGAGUUCAUGAUGGCGCCUAUUAGGGAGUACCUUCGGCGCGACAUCAAAGUCGGUUUGGGCACAGAUGUAGGUGGCGGGUUUUCCUGCAGCAUUCUUGAUGCAAUGCGCCAGGCAUUCAUUAUCUCCAAGGCCCGAGAGACAUUGACUAAAGGUGCCGACCCGGCACUUACAUUGCACGAAGGCUUUUUUCUCGCUACGCUGGGCGGUGCUCAGGUCUGUGAUAUUGAUUCAAAGGUCGGAAAUUUCAUCGAGGGGAAAGAAUUUGAUGCGUUGGAGAUCCAUACAGUUGAUACAGAGGGAAAUAAUGAUAUAGGAUGCGGCAGUGUAGGAAUUGUCACACCGAUUGAGGAUGAUGACUCUGCAGAGGUCAUUUUCGAGAAGUUUCUCAUGACAGGCGAUGAUCGAAACAUCGCCAAAGUGUAUAUUCGGGGUUCCUCCCUUAAGAGCUAG